AUGGCCAUCGAGGUAGUUGACCUCACGGAGGCGGAUAUCCCCGGUGCCAUCGAAGUCAUUCAGCAGGCAUUUGCAGACGAUCCUUACUUCAAAUGGGUUUUUGAUUCCUCCCAAUUCAACAAACAAAGAAAUUAUGACUCCCUGUCCGUGCGCUGCAAAUGGGGCAUCAACAACGCACUAUUCCAAGUCGCGAAGGAGUCCGACGGUCCAAUCCUAGGUGUUUCCUGCUGGCUAGCGCCACACCCGGCUACCCAGCCUGAAAGCUGGUAUAGCUGGUUCCAGUCGUGGAGCUUGUCGUUUAAUCAACUUCUCAAUAACAUCCGGUACCUGGGUCGUGGGGGGUUGCGGACGAAUCGGUAUUGGAUCUGGAAAGAGAGACAAGCUGAAGCGCAGGCUGCUAUUUGGGAUGAUCCGCAAGGCUACUAUUUCUGUAAUAUUGUUGCUGUCAGUCCCGUGGCGCAGGGAAAGGGGAUUGGGAAAUUGCUGUUCGAGGCUGUUACGAAGAAGGCGGAUAGUGAGGGUAAGAAGUGUUAUCUGGAGAGUUCGAAGAGUGUUCCCAAUGUGGCGAUUUACGAACGCAUGGGCUUUGAAAUGAGGAAGGAGAUGGAGUGUCGGGAUGGAGAGGAUGCGUGCAUGGUAUGUUCGACGGACUGUGUGCGUUAUUUGAGUGUUUUUUUUUUUUUUUUGCUGACGCGCUUUAGUUGUACUGCAUGGUGCGGGAUCCUAAGCACAGUGAGAAUUGAUGAUCGAUAUUAUCGAAAGAAAGAAGGAAGGGAUAUCACUCGAUGUAUUUCUAUCCUCAAGACUACGGAAGGGAAGAAGGAAGAUGAGGCCUUCCGAAUGAUCUAUCUACAGAGCGUUUGCUCGGUCUGA